AUGAAAAAGGAUCGUGUUUGGAAAUUACGACCUUGGCUUAGAGACUUAAGAAGCAACUUUCUCAAAGUUACUCCUGAAGAACACCAGUCAAUUGAUGAGGUAAUGGUUGCGUUUAAAGGGAAACAUGGACCAAGGGUGUACAUGCCAAAAAAGCCAACAAAGUGGGGAUUCAAAUUAUGGGCUAGAGAAUCAUCUACUGGUUUUAUGCAUGAUUUUGAUGUGUACCAGGGAGCAACUGAAGAAACCAAAAGUCGCUCUGAUGUAGGUGUUAGUGGUGAGGUGGUUCUCAAAUUGGCAUCUACCUUGCCUGAUAACAAAAACCACAAGCUUUAUGCUGAUAAGUACUUCAACUCCUUUGCCUUAGUUGAAAAGUUACUAGACAGAGGUAUACAAUACAUUGGAACGAUGUGUCAAAAUCGAAUGAAAGGGUGUCAGCUUAAACCUGAAAAAAUUCUAAAACAGGAAGGUCGAGGAGCAUAUGAUGAGGUAAAUGACUCAUCAAAAGGAAUUACCAUUGUCAGAUGGCUGGACAAAAAGGCAGUGACAUUGGUAUCUACUUACUGUGGAGCAGAACCAUUAGGUGUUUCAAAGAGAUGGGAAAAGAAGGAGAAGCAAUAUGUAGAAAUUCCCAAGCCAAAGCUUGUAGACGAGUACAAUAAGUUCAUGGGGGGCAUUGACUUAAUGGACAUGCUUUGCUCAUUGUGCAAGUAUUCCAUAAGAUCAAGGCGAUGGUAUCUUUACCUUUGGUUUCAUACCCUUACAGUGGCUAUGGUCAAUUCAUAG